AUGGAUCCUUCAAGCAGCGGAACAUCAGCCGGUCCCUCGCUCGACGGCUUGAUUGCCACCCUGGCCUCCAUCUUCGAGGACCGCGACUGCCGAGAACUCGAGGCCGCCCUACGGAAGCACGGCUCACAGCUGGAGCCAACAAUCGAUUACCUUAUUCACACCACCGAUCCAAGUCCAAUAAUCCCCAGAACGCGCCAGAGAUCCCCUGCAGACGACUGGCCUACUCGCAAGAAGGGCAGACCGAGCUCCAUCCAGUCUUGGCUGUCUCCAGCUCGACCCACUCCCAACCACACAGCUUGUAACCUGACGUCCGGUGCCGGUGAUCAAAAAACACCGCAAACGAACGAACAACCGCAGACGCCCCGGCCCGGGUCUUCUGCAACACCCAACUUGGCGAAAUUCAAACAAGCACCAGCACCCUUGCGACCGAUCAACGAAGUACUGGCUCAACAUCCUUCAUCAUCCAAACCAGCAAAGCGGGCGACUCUUCCGCCGUUAUUUCUUUCGACCCCUCAGCAAGUCUCUGAACAUCUGCCUUGCUGCAGCCUCCUCUAUGGAAUCCUUCCCAAGCGGCUAGCCUGGAAUCUUUAUGAGCGGAUGAUCGAAGACUGCAGCGGGGCUGGCACGAGCAAGAAGCCGUGGAUUCGCAAUCGCUGGUGGCUCGCUGAUCGAGAAGUCCAAAGCCCACAUUCAACCGCCUUCUUUAUCGCCAGGCCUACCGCCUCGGAAUCUCUCGUUGAUGACUAUAACGAAUCUGCUCAGUAUUGGUACGCCGGAAAACCAUUGGAGGCAGAUGCUCAGCCGAGAUACUUCCUAGAGGAGAUGGACCAAGCAAGGAGCGCGAUCGAAUCAACCGUCAAUCAACUAUUGACCAACGACCCGGAGACUCUCCGGCGAGCCCAACGGAGCCCGACUUCGAAUCCUAUCAUCCGACAUGCUCAAGAGUGGGAUGGUCCUUGGAGAGCCAACGUAGCUGCCUCAAACUGUUAUCGAGGUAGCAAGGAAAACGUUGGGUGGCACGCAGACCAACUCACAUAUUUGGGACCGUAUCCCACGAUAGCCUCUCUUUCCUUGGGCACCACUCGCCAAUUCAGGCUUCGCCCGGUGGCCAAUAUUCUUGAAUCAGAGACAGAGCCACUGAGAACGUAUUCGAUCAGCUUGCCCCACAACUCGCUCUUAGUGAUGCAUGGGGGCUGCCAGGAACGGUACAAGCAUUGCAUCCCCCCUCAACCUUCUCUAGACGUCUUUAAAAAUCCCAACCAACCAACGGAUACUCGCAUCGAACGGAUCAACAUCACCUUCAGGUUCUACCGACCAGACUUCCGACCCUCCAGAUCGAUCCCGAUUCCCAAUCCAUCGUCAUCAGACCCAAGCGUCAUCCCACAAGAGUCCACUGAAGUCCGUGUGACACCUCGCUGCCGCUGCGGGAUCCCCGCAAUCCUUCGUGCCGACCAGAAGGGCAAAGUCGCAGCGUCCCGCUCCUCCCGUCGCCCCGAUUCGUCGGGCCAGAUCGCCCAGCCCGAGUUCCAGUUCUUUUGGCACUGUCAAGCCGGCCAACAGAACGCCGGCAAAGGCUGCAGUUUCUUCCAGAUCUUGAACUUUCAAAAUGAACGAAGGGGUCCUUGUCUUGGCGAUAGAAAACAAACCACGAUUGAGCAAGAUCUGGAAGCGCGAGAAGAGCCCGUUUAG